AAGACGCAGCCUUUAUUUGUUGUUGCAGAAAAAGGGGCAAAAUCAUUAGGGAAGCAAGAUGAGGAUUACAAAGAAGGACAAAAGAGAUCAAUCUUCAACAUCUCCUUGUGCUCAUCUCAGAGCUGCUUACCACAAUUGUUUCAACAGGUGGUAUUCAGAGAAGUUUGUCAAAGGACAGUGGGGCAAAGAGGAGUGUGUUUCUGAGUGGCAAAAAUACAGAGCUUGCCUUUCUGAACAUUUGGAUGAUAAGCAUUUGAGUCGUUUCUUGGAAGCUGAAAUAGUUCCAUCUGAUUUAGGAAAGCCAGUUGACGGUGUUUCUCAGUGAAUUUUAUACUAUAAUCUUUAUUUAACACGCUAGAGAACAAGUUAGAAGGUAAUAAAUCUGCAGAACCUUCUAGCAAGCAAAACUGAUAAAAUGUAUAAUGAUGGCAUCUGGAUGCAGACUAUUACCAUGCGCUAAAUUGCUGGAGAUGCAUAUCCAUUGAAUCUGAAAUUUAUCUAUCCCAGGUUCCUCCUUUUGUUUUGUAAUUUCUGAUGUAGGAGAGGGUCGUUCUGUAGAAUAGAUGGAGAGAAGCCUGCUGUUGAAUUAUUUUAUUGGUUGUACGAUGUGAAUUUGAGGGCAUGGCUCAGGAAACUUGUUCUGACAUGCUAAUGUUGAGAAUUUCAAGUUAAAUAUUAGUUAUUUACAACAACAGAUUUUGAUUUGGA